CUCGAACAAUUGGCCACGACUUGUGCCAGCCACAGUGGCCCUUUGAGAGGCGUCGCGACGCGUUGUUUCAUGCUAUUUUGACAACCCUCUUUCCCAUCUUCUUGCUUGUACAUAUUGUAUUAACCAUGGACAAGUUCGUCACCGUCAAGAAGUCUGCGACGCGUCAAACCACGAACACCGACAAGGGCAAGACGCGUCCAUCAUUCAGAUACCAACCGUACGCUGUAAGCCAGUCCGAGGAACGAACAUACGAGCGCUGGAAGGCAGACAAACGGACCGAGAAGAUCCUCGCCCGUCUGACCGGGUCGAAAGAUAGCGAUCAGCCCACUCCCAAGCCCUCCACGUCUGCACUUACAAAGCAACUCCUCAACACCUUGGGCGAUGAGUCGAACCCCAUCACUCACUCGGAUAUCAGACACCGUUCAGACUAUAUUACAUCUGCAGCCACGGGCCACCAGCGUGGUGAAGGCGGCCGUGGCCGUGGCGAAUACCUUAAAUCCAGAGGUAAGAAACUGGAGGAACAAAAUGCUCCCGUUGAGAAUGCACCGUGCAAGCCGAUGACGAACGUCCGCAUCUACAUCGAUGGCUACCUGGCGGAUACGACAGAUAUUGAGAUGAAGAGGAUCGUGGUGGAAGCGGGUGGCCGCGCAAUGCAAACCGCCUCUGGGUGCACCCACAUCUUGACCUCUCAGCAAUUGAGCGGGUCCAAGACGCACAAGCUUCUCACUGCAAAGGCGCGGAACAAGGUCCAUGUUGUGAAGCCCGAGUGGGUCACCGACAGUAUCAAGGCCGGGAAGAGGCUCCCUGAGCGCAACUAUGCGGUGGUCAUGGAUCGCACCAUGCCAAGCUUGGAGGAUAUGUUUGCACGCCAGAAGGAUUGAAGUCCUAAGUGUACGAAAUCUAAGUUUAAGUAUCUCUAGCCAUUUUCCGAACCGACUAGUUUAUUUGCCUGUAUCACAUCAGUGGCGGUACCUCAUGAGCAACAUGACUUGUAUCAGCCAGUGCUAUAGCUUCUCCAUCG